AAAAAGUGUUUGCUUCAUUGUUCAAUCAAAAGAGAAAAAUGGGGAGAGGAAGAGUGGAGCUGAAGAGGAUAGAAAACAAGAUCAACAGACAGGUGACUUUCUCUAAGAGAAGAAAUGGGUUGCUCAAGAAAGCUUAUGAGCUUUCUGUGCUUUGUGAUGCUGAGGUUGCCCUUAUCGUCUUCUCUAAUCGUGGCAAGCUCUACGAGUUUGGAAGCUCUGGUACGACCAUGACCCUUGAGCGAUACCAACAAUGCUGCUUUACGCCUCAACCUCAACACAACUUCCCUGAACGUCAAACGCAGAAUUGGUCCCAAGAGGUAAUCAAACUGAAGGCAAAAUACGAAGCAAUGGAACGCACUCAAAGACAUUUGCUUGGAGAAGAUCUUGGACCAUUGAAUCUGAAAGAGCUGCAAAACCUAGAGAAGCAGCUUGAAGGAGUUCUUGCACUGGCUAGACAAAGGAAGACACAGAUAAUGAUGGAGCAAAUGGAAGAUCUCCGGAAAAAAGAGCGUCAGCUUGGAGAGCUCAACAAACAGCUGAAAAACAAGCUUGAUGCACAAGCACAAAGCCUGAAAACAAUCCAAGGCUUGUGGGGUUCAAGUACCAGAGCCGAAAGUAGCGACUUUGGGCUGCAUCUUUCUCACCCUAACCCCAUGGAAUGUGAACAUGAACCAGUUUUACAGAUAGGGUACCAGCAUUAUGUUGAAGCUGAUGGAUCGUCGGUCCCCAAAAGCAUGGCUGGUGAGACCAACUUCAUCCAUGGAUGGGUCAUUUGAGCCAUCUCCAACUCACACUAAAAUACAAAUCAUAUAUA